GGUUGAGUGUAUGCAUCCUGUGCAUAUAUAAUCAAGGCUUACUCCAAGCGUAAACUGUCACAGUAAGCAUACAUUACGGAUGUCAGCCUUUCAAGGCGCGUUUUUGGUUUGCCAUUUGUGGCUGCUUUUCUUCUGCCUUUAUAAUUCCCUUUCUGCCAUCAUCAUCUACUGUCGCGCCAAUUCUUCAGCUCGAAUUCUCUGUGUGGACUCUUUCUCUCCACACCAACUCGCCAUCCUGUUUUCUCUCAUAACAACAUUCAUCAAUUUGAUUCAAAAUGAAUCUGAAUAACAGUAAUAGGAAUAAUAUUAAUAAUAAUAAUAAUCAACUUCCUUCAAACCAACAUGCAAUGAACAACAAUCAUGUCAUCCCUACCAGUCAAAUCAGGUGGUGGUUUUGACGUGGCCAAGGCAAAAAUUCCGGAGCAUCAAUUUCGCUCCGGUCAAUGUGAUCCUGUGACAGGGGAUACAUUGUCUUCAAAUGCGACUGAAACAUCAACAGUCGCUUCCGCUUUGGCAAUCAACCACCACGGAAAUCGAAAUGUAACUCAACAAUCAAACGCAAUACGAAUGGUACCGGUAAAUUCUACCUCACGUACUUUGAAUCCUUCGCAUCAAUUACCACCUUCUCCUCCUUCAACCCCGUCUCAUUCACCGCCUCAAAGGGAUGAUGCCAUACCUCAAAGUUGGUCAAGUGAAAAAGAGGAUGAAUUGCGUCACUCGCUAUCAUCCAUUGCUAUUCAAGAAGGAGAAAUGCCCGAUACUCCCGACGCUUCCCCUUCCGCAAUCUCACCUGCAGAUGCUGUGCUUCGUCAAAAGGUAUCUCUUUCAUCGCGGGAGUUUGUGAGGGAAAUCUUGCCCAAAGUGCUCACAAUCAAGGAAAGAGGUCAAGGUGACUUUGGCGUUCAACAAGGUCGUUAUAUCAUCGAAGAUGCUUGUAUGGAGAUUGUUUCGCAAACAUGCAUCGGUGCCGUGUUGAUCGAUACGAAACCGACCUUUACCGCACAUGCGUCUGCCAUUUCUUGUUCAUUUUCUCCUGGCACGCCAAGAGCGUGGAAUCAGACAUCUUCUCGUAUGUCACGAUCGUCCUCAAACAAUUCCAAUGCAUCCAGUGUUGGAUUGGAAAGGCCUUCACCACGCAGAACGCUUUUGACUCGAAUUAAUGGAAUCGGUCAUCAGAUGGACUCGAAGGAUUUACGUGCUCAUAUCUUGGAUGUGUUGGAUCACGCCACAGAGAAGUUGCAUGUUGACAAUAUCAUCUUUGUCUUGGAUCGCUCUACUUUGGAUGAUGAGGAAUUCCGUGCUACAGUGCAUGGACUUAUCUACGUUGGUGCAUCAAUUAUUGGUCGUGGCCCCAAAGAAGGAGAAGCAACUCCAUUUAGCGAGGGAGGCGGUGAUCCAAACGAAAGUAUCCAUGCUCCUCGUUUUGUGGGAAAGAAUUAUGUCUUGCUUAGUGUUGAUGCGUGA